GGGAGUCCAGCACGUGAUUCUGGUACUCUCGGGGAAAGGCGGAGUGGGGAAGAGCACCAUAUCCACGGAGCUUGCGCUGGCUUUGCGGCACGCUGGGAAAAAGGUGGGCAUCCUGGACGUGGACCUCUGUGGCCCCAGCAUCCCUCGCAUGCUCAACGUGCAGGACAGAGACGUCCACCAGUGCGACAGCGGCUGGGUGCCGGUCUUCGUUGACCAAGACAAAAGCAUCUCCCUCAUGUCCAUCGGGUUCCUCCUGGAGAAGCCGGAUGACGCCGUGGUGUGGAGGGGACCCAAGAAGAACGCUUUGAUCAAGCAGUUCGUCUUGGACGUGGCCUGGGGAGACCUCGACUUCCUGAUUGUGGAUACACCUCCCGGGACCUCCGACGAGCACAUUGCGACGGUAGAAUCCCUUCGCCCGUAUCGGCCUCUCGGGGCGGUUCUUGUCACGACGCCACAGGCUGUGUCCGUGGGGGACGUGAGGCGAGAGCUGACAUUCUGCAAGAAGACAGGGCUGAGGGUCAUCGGCAUCGUGGAAAACAUGAGUGGCUUUGUCUGCCCGCACUGUUCGGAAUGCACAAACGUCUUCUCUAAAGGAGGCGGCGAAGAGCUGGCCCAGCAUGCCGGGGUCCCGUUCCUAGGGUGCGUGCCCCUGGACCCCCAGCUCAGCCGAAGCCUGGAAGAAGGCCGAGACUUCAUCCAGGAAUUCCCCAAGAGUUCGGCCUUCCCUGCUCUCACCAGCAUCGCCCAGCAUGUCUUGAGCGUGGCCUCCCCUGGCAGCUCCUGAGACGGGCGCCGAUGUCACCGGUC